AAACGGACUUCUUUAUAUGGAGGAAAGUAGUUCCCCUCCUUUCCGCAUGAACACGUCGCCCUGUGGUAUCACUGCGCACAGUCGGCAAUAGCCUCACGUCUCUUCUGCAUCAUGUCGUGUAUUAAACAUCAAUGAGUUGUUUCUGCUGAUCUGUGGGAUGCUUUACAUAAAAACAGUGAAAACAGCACGUACAGUCUGUGGAACUAUAUAUCCGCAGCGGACGGAUAUCGGCGGGUGCUGCUCGUCAUUUCCUUAUGUGGAGCGGAGUGUUUCUGGGGGCCGGGCCGCCUGAUCACGGCACAAAAACACAACUUUUUAACUUUAUUCCCUAAUUCUGAUCAAACUGGAAAUAUUUAAACACAGAAAAUGUUCCCCAGUGUUUUCUCUGAUGUUCUCUGGCUGUUCGGCCUGAACUCUCGCUGAUUUACGGACUUUGAUGGACGGACAGCUUCACUUGUUGCUAAAGUAACCGCUAACUGAUGCUAACUGUUAGCCGCCGUUAGCUCCGUUAGCCGGGCAGCAGGCUCCAAACCCGGCCGGUGGGGGACCCGGUGGGGGACCCCGCGGGGACUGCUGGCGGGGAGCGGCGUUGGAAUGGCCACCAAAACCGGAGCCGGGCGAGCAGGAAACGGAACCGGGCUCAACAGCCUCCCUGUGGCCGGACCGGGACCGAACCCAGACAGCGGGACCGACGGAGGCCGGUUCGAAGACCGGGAGUACAGCACCGAGGUGGUCUACAGCGGCUCCGACCAGGACUCCGACUCCGGGGAUGACGAGGACACGGCGGGUUCAGGCGGGGACCGGAGGGGCGUGAAGCGGGAGAGGAGCGAACGGGAGGUCGGCCAGGCAGCGGCGGCCCCCGGAGGCCUCAGCGGGGGGUACGGCGGGGCCGGCCCCGGGCCCCCCGGAGCCAGACCCGGCAAGAAGACCAGAGGCAGAGUCAAGAUCAAGAUGGAGUUCAUCGACAACAAGCUGAGGCGCUACACCACGUUCAGCAAGAGAAAGACCGGCAUCAUGAAGAAGGCGUACGAGCUGUCCACGCUGACCGGCACUCAGGUGUUGCUGCUGGUCGCCAGCGAGACGGGUCACGUUUACACGUUCGCCACCAGGAAGCUGCAGCCGAUGAUCACGUCGGAGACAGGCAAGGCGCUAAUCCAGACCUGCCUCAACUCGCCGGACUCGCCGCCACGCUCUGACCCCUCCUCCGACCAGAGGAUGAGCGCCACGGGCUUCGAGGAGACCGACCUCACCUACCAGGUGUCUGAGGCCGACGGCUGCCCUGAGCUCGCCAAGGACGCCAUCAAACCGGCAUUUAGCGCGUCCAACCUGCCGGGCAGCAUGCCGGCCUCCUCCUCCUCCUCCUCCUCCUCGGUAUCCAUGCAGGUGCAGACCAGUGCCCCCUCCUGGCCGCCGCCCUCCUCCACCAACGGGACGCCGCUGAAGACGUCAGCAGGCGUCGUGAUUCCUGGAGGCUUCACCUUGAUGUCAGGUGCCUCGCUGCCUCCUGGCACACACACCAUUCCCCUCAGCCAGCUGCAGGGCCCAGCUCCACCCACGCAGGCCACCACGCUGCUGCGCCUCCCCGCCACCGUGUCUCUGUCAGGAGGUGGAGUCUCUCAGCAGCUACAGACCAUCCAGGUGCAGCCCAGCAGUCACACCACAACUAAUCAGAGCAGCUCUGACCUCCAUAGCCCCGCCUCCUCUGCAGCCAGUCUGUCCUCCGUGGUGUCCUCAUCGUCAGUAGCAGGUCACAUGAUGUAUCCUGGCGGUCACACGGUGAUGUACGCCGCUCCGACGUCCUCCCUGAGCGACGGCAGCUUGACGGUCCUCAACACGUUCCAACCGCCAGGCCACGCCCCCUCACAUGACCCAGCUCUCCCACAGGUCUUCCUCACCUCGCUGCCUCCAGUCGGAGCUCAGAUCCCCCAGAUCUCUGCCGUCCAGCUGCACCCGAUGGUUCUGAGUCAGCAGGCCAGCAGCAACCUGACGGAGCUGCAGGUCGUGAGUCUCGACGUCCACCAAUCAAAAGACGACUGAGUGUCCGGUGACCGGAUGACACUUCCUGUUUACUUUCAUCCUGUAAACGGCAACAACAAGCAGUAGCUGAUCAUCAAACGUUCACAGGAAGUGACCAAGACCUCCAGAAUACUUUCAGAAUAAGUCGAUAUCGUCAGGAUGAUGAUGUCAUCAGUCAGAUGUCCAGUUGAGCGUUGUGAUGAUGACACUCAUCACCUGAAUGUUUCUGCUGUAAAGGAACAGGUGACUUCCUGUCAGCUGACACAGCUGCAGCACCUGAGGAUCAUUUUAUAAACUGACUUCUGACCUCUUCAUGGGCUCUAUAUUUAUGUACAUAUAUUUCUAUACGGGAAGUCAUCAGUUAUUGUUUGUUAGAAGGUUGAAAAUUAAAAAGACUUUUGGGACAAAA